CUCGUGCACGUGGUAUUGGUUUCCUUCAUGCGCACUGAUGUAAGGCAGCCUCUGAUUGGCUGAGGCGGGGGAGCUUGAACCAAUGGGAGAGCUACGUACAACUGGCCACCCUCACAUGACAGCUGAUCGACCCGCGGCUGAGGAAGAGAAUCAAGAUGUUGGACAGCCUCUUCAACAUUGACAAUGGGUACCUGGAGGGUCUGGUUCGAGGUUUCAAGAAUGGCAUCCUGAAGCAGACGGACUACUUGAACCUGGUGCAGUGCGAGUCUCUGGAUGAUCUGAAGCUCCACCUCCAGAGUACUGACUAUGGAAACUUCCUGGCCAAUGAAGCUUCUCCCCUUCAAGUGUCCGUCAUUGAUGACAAGCUGAGGGACAAGCUUGUAGCUGAGUUCCAACACAUGAGGAACCAUGCUGUGGAGCCGUUGGCUACCUUCCUUGACUAUAUCACUUAUGGGUACAUGAUUGACAACAUUGUGCUGCUGAUCACAGGUGCUCUUCACCAGCGGCCCAUUUCUGAGCUGAUGCCCAAGUGCCAUCCCUUGGGCACCUUUGAGCAGAUUGAAGCCAUCAAUGUGGCCUCCACCAGCUCUGAGCUGUACAAUGCUGUGUUGGUGGACACUCCUUUGGCUGAUUUCUUUGGUGAGUGUAUCAGUGAGCAGGACUUGGAUGAGAUGAACAUCGAGAUCAUCCGUAACACACUGUACAAAGCUUACUUGGAGAGCUUCUAUGACUACUGCAAGAACUUGGGAGGGACCACUGCCCAGGUUAUGUGUGAGAUUCUUGCUUUUGAGGCUGACCGCAGAGCCUUCAUCAUUACCCUGAACAGCUUUGGCACAGAGCUCACCAAUGAGGACCGUAAGAAGCUCUAUCCUCAGUGUGGCAAGCUGAAUCCUGAUGGUCUGGCUGCUCUUGCUCGAGCGGAUGAUGCUGAGAAUGUGAAGCAGGUGGCAGAGUUCUAUACGGAAUACCGUGCACUGUUUGAGGGAGCUGGCAAUAAUCCUGGGGAAAAGACUCUUGAGGACAAGUUCUUUGAGCAUGAAGUGAGGCUCAAUGUUAAUGCUUUCCUCCACCAGUUCCACUUUGGAGUAUUCUAUGCCUACCUUAGACUCAAGGAGCAGGAAUGCCGCAACAUUGUUUGGAUUGCAGAGUGUAUUGCACAGAAGCAUCGUGCAAAGAUUGACAACUACAUCCCUAUUAUGUAGAGAGCAGCUGGUAUGUUGGGGUGAAUGGUACAGAGUUUAGUGGAUAUAUUGAAAAGAACAAGUGGUAUAUAUAGAUAUAUAAAUAUAUAACUAAAAUGUAUAGAUGUCAUGUCUUUGUUAUAUAGAGUUUAUAGAUAUUUGUGGAAAAGAGGGAAUGGGUCUUUGUUGUAUGUGUGUGAGACAGAGAGAGAGAGAGAGAGAGAGAGAGAGAGAGCCCAGUGUUGAUAGGGAUUGAAGAAGUUGGCUGAAAGAAUGUUUGGAAAAAACUUAUUAGGCAGUUAUUUAUAUUACAUUUUCUUUCUGUAUCAGCAGUGUUGUUAUAACUUAGAGAUUUUAACCUUAUUCCUGGAAGAAAAAACUGUAACCAAGCAGAAUUUGACAAGAAAAAAACUGGGUAAACUUGACUCUUAAUCUUUGCAGUGGCUAGAUACGACUGUUCUCUCUCUCUCUCUCUCUCUUUCUCAAUUGAGGACUAUGUUACAUUCAGUUUCUUUUCAUCAUAGAUAUGACAAACAUUCCAUUAUCUAAAGAUAUUUCAGAUUAUUCUAGCUCUUGUAAAUUUCAUCCCCAAAGGUUCUUACUGAAAAGUGUACAUAUAUUUAGAGUGAGAGUAAUGUUGUGUGAGGAUGUGUUAAUCUGACAUCAGAGGACUUUGAAGUAUUAUGACAGUAGUAGUGGUAGUACUGUUCAGUCAUGUGCACAGUUGAAGACUACCAUAAUUCCAAGUACAUAUGUUUGCAAUGUUUGAUCAAGUAAUGAAAUAUGAUGUAGAAUAUUAAAAGUUGCAAAGGUAAGAAUUUUUUUGUGUUAAACUAAUCUGGCAAUGAUUUAAACUCUUGUAAUUUUUUUUUUGCACUUUGUUCAUAUGUACAUAACUAUAUUAUAUUUAAUUUCAAUGUCAUUGUAUUAUUUUCACUGCAUAUUUACUUUCCCAUUUUAGGAAUAGUAUUUCAUAUUAAAAGGAUAUUACAUAUUUUUACUUAUUGAAUAAAAAAUAAGUUUUGCUGCUAUGUAACUUACAUCAUAUCUUUAAUAAUACACUUUAUUUCAGAUUGCACAAAAUGUCACUAUGUACAUAUUAAUUCUGGGAGUGUUUUGUGUGGGAGUUCAUAUUAUAUGAAAACUGAUAUAAGAGAAAAAAUCAGAUUCAUUCGUAAAUUGUAGGGGUAGCUAAGUUAGUAGUAGGGAGAACAGUUUGGUUGUACAUUUUAUGGCCAGGCUGGAAGGAUACUGCCACUGUAUUCCUCACACACUGUAAAAGAACUAUAAGGGACAGAUUGAGAGGAUUAGGAAAUCUAUUUUAUUUAUAUAAUGAAGCAAACCUGAAAUCCUUCUUAGGAGCGAUCUCAGCCUGGUGCAUGGAUAGAAAACUAGAUCAGUGAGGGUGAAUAGAUAUUACAUGAAACAUAAUCUUCAAAUAUGUUCACUUUAGGGCACAACAACAAAUACAUGUAUGUACUAAAAGUAAGUGAAGUUUGUAGCUCACUUAUGACAAACUACUGAAAUUUGAAAUCUUCAAUGUAUGUCUGCUUUCAACACUCAUGUAUCCUACUCAUCAGAAAAAAGAUAUUAUUGUACUUUCUUGAUUACAUUCAUACACUUCUUCUCUUAAUGGUAAAAACCACCUUUCUAAUGUCUACUGUAUUAAGUAAAAAUAUUGAAUGGUUAUGAAAAACCGUAAGUACUUAUUGCCCAAAAUGGUAUAUCUAAUGUAUAAUAGUGACAUGGAAACGGGUUGUGUAUGUCCGAUUACAGCGUAUUCCUCCACCUGGACUGAAGUGUUUAAAGGAUAUGCUGCAGAUGUGAUAUAAUUGGUCUGUUAAAUCAUGCAAGUUAAUGGGAGAAUUAUAUGCUUUAUGUGUGGCUGUUUGAUGUUUUAGUGGGCAAACUAAUUGGUAACAGCAAAGAGUAUACUGGAAGGGAAAACUAACUGCAUGAAAUGGCACCAUCUGUGAGUUCUUUUCCUCCUGGUUAGGUUUGGUCUUCACUCUGUAUGUGUGUGUGUGUGUGUGUACAGUGAAAUACAAGAAACUAAUUUUCUGUGUACCUUUCCCUAAUUUAUAAAAAGGUUGUAAUUAUGAAAUAUAUGUACGUAUUAUAUAACUUCAUGGUCAAUAAAGAGCAAGAUGCUG